AUGUCGCGCGAGGGGGGCUAUCGUAUCACAUCACGUGUUUCGGCCGAGGAGUAUAAGUUGGAUCACGUGAUUGACUCGGAGCAGGCCACAACUGAACACCCUUCUCUCUCUCUGACUUCCUCCGUUGUUCUUACAUGGGAUUGUCCAUACCUCCUCUCCCUAUUGGUGGACCGCACUAACCCAAUG